GCUGGUCUUCCUUCUAUUCCUCUUCCGUGCGCUUGAAGGGUGGAAGAUGGUUCUGUAUCUGUGUCUCUCCCCAUGGUGUUACAGUAGCCGUGAACUAGCAUAAGGCGCCCAUGGCAUUUCCAUUGUGCGUUUACACCGAGAGUUCUUGUAUUGGCCGGCGGCGUAGUUAAGUCUUCAUUCAGCGGAUUACGAUCAGGUUGGCGGUAUGGGAAACGCGAGCGGGAAGGCGGAGCUGGAGAACGGCAACGGUGGCUUUCCGGCGGCGAGGACGGACGGCGAUGCGUCGAGGUUUGCCGGGGUAGGGCAGUUGUCCUCGGUGGACUCAAUGGCGGAGACGCCACCGCUGAGCCCUCUUAGGUUUAGAUCUCCUUUCCUCUUCGCGCCUCAGCUCCCGUUGUCUCCAUUUCAGAGAAUUGCUGAGUCUCCACAAACCCACCAGUUGUGGGUAAACGACCCUCGGAGCCCUUCAGAAUUUUCUGCCAAUAAGGGGAUUCCCACUUUGAUAACAUGGUAUCAUGGGGGAAAUGAUGUUGCAUUGGAAGGUUCAUGGGACAACUGGUCUUCUAGGAAAGCGUUGCACAGAUCUGGAAAAGAUCACUGUAUCCUGCUGGUACUCUCCUCAGGAAUAUAUCACUACAAGUUCAUCGUAGACGGAGAAUGGAAGUUCAUUCCAGAACUUCCUCACAUGACUGAUUUCACAGGGCGUACAGCGAACAUCCUUCAAGUUACUGAAUAUGUUCCUGAGAAUCUAGAGAGCAUUUCUGAAUUUGAAGCUCCUGCAUCACCAGAAUCUAGCUACGGGAGGAUACUUCCGGUAGAUGAUGACUUUGCUAAGGAACCUCCAGCCUUACCCCCUCAGCUUCCUCUCAUACUACCAGGUUCGAAGAACUUGGAGUUGGACUCGUCAUCCAGGAAAGAACAUCAUGUAGAGCUCAACCAUCUCUUCGUUGAAAAGGGGUGGGCUUCACAGUCACUUGUCGCUCUUAAUUUUACCCACAGAUUCCAUUCCAAGUAUGUGACCGUUGCUCUCUACAAGCCUCUUUAACAAUUAGCAAGGCGACCUUUCUUGCGAGCCUCUUGUAUAGGUCAGUAAAAGUCCCAUAUGUAAAGUUUGGCAACUCUCGUAGAGAUGAAAGGAAAGCAGAAAUCUUUCCUUAUGUGCAUGAUGUCCUUCGUUUUCCGUUUCUGUUUUUUCAAUGUGUAUUGCUUUCUAUCUAGAAAUGAAAAAGAUUUUAGAAUGAUAAGGUCAUAAA